AUGGUGUUCCCGCUAUUGGCGAAGAUAUUCAAUUCAAUCACAUGGUGCUCACAGCCACUGCUCUACACCGAAUCAACACCAACUGCUGUUCGAAACGUAUUCUGCGGUGUGGCUGGCUUCCUCGGCGACUUGGGAUCUGUACUUGCUCCAUACUUAAAGAGACUUGAAGCAAUCCACAAAUCAGCUCCCACCUUACUAAUAGCUGUGAUGUCGAUAUCGUCCGCUCUCUUAGUACUUACAAUGCCAGAAACAAAAGACAGGAAACUGCCGGAAGACGUUGACGAUUUCGAACCCGGGCCUUUACUGCACUGGAUGAAAAAGAAAAAGAAAGAUACGAGGAAAGAAGAAGAGGUAAUGAUAACAGACUAG